AUGACCUUUGACGCAACAGACCUCGUCAACUCGUUCCGCGCGGCCGGCGCGUGGAUAGACGAUGGCGCAAUGGACCUCGUCCCCGUCCCCGGCAUGGGCAUGGGCGCUGUGGCCAAGCGUCGCAUCGAGCCUCACACUCCCCUCUUCCACAUCCCCCUCAACUACCUCCUGUCGCCAUGGACGUCGGACCUGCGCAACCUCUUGAGUCCUGCCGAGUGGGAGUCGCUCGAGGGCGGGUGGGCGCGUCUUAUCCUUGUCAUGAUGUGGGAGGAGAGCAGGCCCGAGUCGAGGUGGGGCGGAUACCUGCGCAACAUGCCGCGCGAGUUUGACAGCCCCAUGUUCUGGGGCGACAGCGACCGCGCCGAGCUCAAGGGCACUGACAUUGAGGACCGUAUUGGGCGCGAGGACGCCGAGGCAGAGUACACUGGCAAGAUGGCGCCCGUGAUCGCGGCCCGUCCAGACCUCUUUGCGGCCGCGGCCCACCACUUCACCCUCGACGCGUUCCACGUCCAGGGAUCGCGUAUCCUCAGCCGGUCAUUCACCAUCCCGCAGACCCGUGCUGGCGGCCCGCCGCCCGAGGGCGUGGACGAGGACGGCGACGACGAGGAAGAGGCAGAGGUGGCCGUCAUGGUGCCCAUGGCGGACAUGCUGAAUGCGGCGUACGAGCGCGACAAUGCGCGUCUGUUCACCGACGGAGAGGACGACGAGGACGACGAGGCCGCUGCGGCUGUCGGCGAGCAAAAGUUUGGCGAGGGAUACACCAUGAUCACCACCAAGGUCAUUGAGGCCGGCGAGCAGAUUUACAACACCUACGCCUCGCCGCCCAACUCUGAGUUGUUGCGAAAGUACGGCCACAUCGCCUCACGCCUCACGGCUGAGGAAAUCGGCGGGUGGGCGUUUGGCAACGCCGGCGACGAAGUGGAGAUUUCGGGUGACAUUGUCGUUGCGGCCGCGGCCGAGCUCCUUGGCCAGCCGUCGUUUGUGGACGUUGCCGCGGAGCGUGUCGACUGGUGGCUCGAGGAAGGCCAGGAGGAUGUGUUUGGCCUGUCGUUCCCAGACCCGGACGAGGAGGACGACGACGACGACGACGUGCCCGUCGCUCCCCCAGCCCUCAUUGCGUUUGCGCGCCUGCUCUCGCGCGACGAGGACUGGGCACGCGCAGAGAAGCGCGGAAAACUGCCACACACCAACCCGGACCCGACGUCGCUCGGCGUCAUUGCGCGCGCGAUCCGGCUCCGCGCAGCGCGCUACCCGCAGACCCUCGAGGCCGACCUCGCCGUCGUCGCAGACCAGUCCCCGGCUAUCCGCCUCAACGUGCGCAACGCCGCCGUCGUCCGUCUGGGCGAAAAGCGCCUGCUGGCGUCCACGCUGCGUGCCGUGGAGGCCGAGAAGACGCGCCUCGAGGACAAGGAGAAGGCGCGCGAGACGGCCGACGGGAAGCGUAAGGCUGCGGCCAAAAAGGACACGAGCGUCAAGCGUCGCAAGUAA